UCAUUCUCUCAAAAAUUCAACCAAACCAACUCUUUAUUUUCUCCAAAGCCACAACCUCUCUCUUUUCUUCUCUUUAAGCCAACACCACUAUGUCACCAGUUCACCACCUUCUCUCAACUCUCAACCCAGAAAACACUCCCAAAAAUGCCACCAAUUACAUAUACAAUUCCCAAAACUUGGUUUUAUUGUACUUCUAGAUGCAUGUUUUUCACUCGUUACCCCCCCUUUUUUCUUGCACAUUCACCAACCUUCUUCUUCUUCUGUUUUUCUCUUCAAUUCUCCCAAUUGGGUUUUGAUUCUGUGAAAUCUCUGUUUCUUUAGGUUGUUUAUUCCCCAUGUUUGCUGUUUCUUCAGGUGGGACAGAUUCAUGAUAAACAAUUCGUUGCAUACAUUGUGCACAACGUAGAGAUAGACAUCAACUAUGGUGAGCUUAAGAAGACGCAGGCUGUUAGGACUAUGCUCCGGGAAAAGUUCAUUUGUAGCUCCACUUCCUAAGUUUUCAGAUCAUGAAACCGCUCCUGAAAAUCCUAGUCCAAGCAACAAACUCAUCACUUUGCAUCCAAAGUCUUCUGAUGAUGUUAACAUCAAAGAUAGGAGCUCUAUUGUAAAUAUGGAAUCCAGUUUCACAAAUGCUUUGGAAUGGACCUCACUGAGUGAACAGUCUAAUCAGCCUAUUUCAGGGCAUCCACUGAAGCAUAGAAAGAGACAUAGGAGAAAGAACUCUCAUAAUCAAGAACUAUCAAUCAUGAGGGGUGUCUACUUCAAGAACAUGAAAUGGCAGGCUGCAAUUAAGGUCGACAAGAAACAGAUACAUUUGGGAACGUUCGGUUCACAAGAAGAGGCUGCACAUUUGUACGACAGAGCUGCCUUCGUGUGUGGAAGGGAACCGAAUUUCGAACUCUCUGAUGAAGAGAAACAAGAACUCCAAAAGUUCAAAUGGGAAGACUUCCUUGCUAUGACUCGACAUGCAAUUACGAACAAAAAGCACAAGAGACUUAGUGUUAACGCGGGAACAUCACCAAAGAAACUUGAAGCAUCGUCGCUGCAAAUCGAGAACACUGAAUUGAAGCACAGAUUCAACGAGUCUCCACUGCCAGAAGACAUUAACUUCACUUAAGCUAGCUGUUAACUCGAGAAAAUGGUAAAAUUUUCUAGGUCCAAGUUGCUUGAACCUCCAUUCAAAUUCCUCCCUCUCCCAAGUAAAUGUGCUUUUAGGCUAGAAUACAUUGCUUCCUUCAUGUGGGUAAAUUCAUUUUUGUUUUCUUUUUCAAUUGAAGCUUGUAAUAUGUUUCCAUAUAAUGUUGAUUUCUUUUUAGCAGAAGCAUAUUGAAUUGAAUCCAUAUUGAAUUGAACACAGAAGUUUGUAAUUAUUUUCAUUACGCUUAUUUCUAGAACACUUUGAAUAUCAAAUUGUUUAUGUUAAAAUGAUUUUUAAAUUUGGAA